UUAUACAAUUACAUCACCCAUAUAUUUAUAAUUGCCAAGUUUUCCUAUCUCAUUUCUCUACAAGGGAAAAUCAAUCAGCAAGCCGGAUAUUGCUAUCGAUAAUCUGUAACGUAUAAGUCGAAUAUAGACUUGUUGCUUACAGUUCUCAACCUACUAUCGACUUAUAUAAUAUACUUAUAUGAUAUCUCCAACCCCUCGAUAGCCUCAAUGGUAGCCGUCCUUCCUACAUCAGUCCUCUCUCACUUUAGCUUCUCUAUGCCCUCUCUCCUCCUAUCUUUCUUCCUCCUCCUCCCCCUAGUCAGCACCCAAACCGUAAUCGUCAUAACCGUCGCUCCUCCCAUCCCUAGCGAAGCUCCCUCAUUCAUCAACCACGACACAUUCACCUCCGCCAUCAUCAAUAGUACCAACUUCCACCGCACCGCACACAACGCCUCCACGGUCCGCUGGAACGAUACUCUGGCGGCUUUCGCCUCGGGAUACUUAUCUUCACACUCUUCCUCAUCGCCAUAUUCCCAAAAAGAGACCUGCCGCAUGAAACACUCAGGAGGCCCUUAUGGCGAAAACCUAGCACUAGGAUGCUCCGAUGCAGGAGACUGCGUGGAUCUAUGGGGCAACGAGGAUGCACAAUAUAAUUAUGAUGACCCGGGGUUCAGCGAGGCGACGGGGCAUUUUACGCAGUUGGUAUGGCGCGAUACGACGGACGUCGGGUGUGGAGCGAAACUGUGUCCUGGGAAUUACGGUUGGUAUCUUGCGUGCGAGUAUUGGCCGCGCGGGAACAUCAUCGGUGCGUUUGCCGGGGAGGUGGAGCCGGAGAGCGGUGCAGCGGCGCUGCGGACGAAGAAAGGAGUGGGCUUGUGGGCUGCUGAGGUGUUGGUUGUAGGUGCGGCGAUGGUUGCGUGGUGGGGGUUAGUAUGAUGUGUCUAUACUCAAGAAGUAUAGGCGAGCAAAACGUGAUGAUGGGAUUAGGUUAAUUUGCAAGUGUAU